AAGAAAUAUCACUCCCCAAGCAUGGCCACUGGCCAGAAUCAACAUGUGCAAUUCUAUAUUCAAAGACUUACUUCAACAGUUUGGAAAUGCCAAAAGCAAAGCAAUUCAAACCCAACUUUCACUCUCUUCGGCUUCCAAAUCUCAAAAUGAAACUUGGUGAUUGGUUGGUCCCAUAACUUCCCUCUUUCCCAAACAAAAGCUUCUUUCUUUCUCUCUUUUCUUGGGCUUUUUGGCCCACUUUGUUUCUUUUAACUCAUUUGAAAAUUACAUAUUUCAUAGCCUCAUUCCUUGCUUCAGAGGUUUUUCUUCGUAACUUCACUUCUUCUAAGAUGCUUCCCCUUCCUCCUGCUCACAAGCAAAGCAAACCUUCUGCUCUUAAUCAAAUUAUCCUAUCUAAAGAGACCAUGAAUUAUCCUCACCCCCACCAUCAACAACAAAUUCCAGUUUCAGAGCCCAAUGUCAGGAAAUCACAUAAACCUAUCUUACUCCGACCACGACGUACCAACCCAAUCAUCUGGUGUGGUGCCUUUUUAUGCAUCAUUUUCAGUAUUAUCCUAAUUGUGACCGGAAUUGUCAUCUUGAUCAUCUUCCUUGCUGUUAAACCAAAACACCCGCUGUUUGACGCCACUGCAGUAAGCCUGAACAGCAUUUACCUCGAUUCGCCAGAGUAUUUCAACGGUGACUUCACCUUCCUAGCCAACUUCUCGAAUCCAAACAGGAAUAUUGAUAUAAGGUUUGAAUACUUGGACAUAGAGCUGUACUUCCAUGACAGGCUUCUUGCAACUCGAUCUCUGAAACCUUUCACUCAAAGAAAAGGAGAAGCGAGACUGGAGGCGAUUCACAUGAUAUCAAGUGAGGUUUACCUGCCUCUGAAUUUAUCCACAGAGCUGAGAAACCAAGUCCAGACAAACAGAGUUCAGUAUAACAUUAGAGGGACAUUCCGAGUUAGAGCUAGUUUGGGUCUCACCCAUUUUUCUUACUGGUUACACGGAAGAUGCCUGCUUGAGAUGACUGGACCUCCAACUGGUGUUCUUAUUGCUCGUAGUUGCAGAACGAAGAGAUGAUAUGGUACAGAUUAUGUUCUUGUUUCUUCUAAUUGAUCAUAUAUUCUUCUUCUCUUUCAUCUUUGGGGAUUUAAACAUGAAAGAAUUCGCACAUUACAUGCAGGCCGAAACCUUGUAGAGAAGAUUGUUAAUUUUAUAUAUCAUAUGGGUUCUGAUAAUCAAGUGGCAAGAGGGUCUUUUAAACCAUACUUUCAACAUAACAGCUAAUGAUAGAUAUUCAGUUUCUUCUUGUAUUUGAUUUACAAUAUUGUUAAUGAUCGAAUGUGAAACAUCCAAGAAA